AAACCCGGAAGUGACCGCUACCAUUCGCGAAGCCAAGAAGCAUGUCAAUAACUCCAGCAGCGGCUUCUCAUUGGAAGAUUGGUUAAUUGUUACAUACCCCUCUCUCUUCGGUAUCUUGCGGGGUGGGUUCGUUUCCAUUUAGUGCCUUUGGGUUUCUGUUGAUUCCUCCUCGUAUUAGGUUCCCAGAUGUGUAGCCCGACGAUAUUCAACCCGGUUAUACCAUAUAGUGGUGCGAUUUUUGGUGGUUUGCAACGAGGGCAGAUGAUAGCAGUGCAGGGAAUAUUGCCCAAAGAAAGUGAAAGAUUCCAGGUGGAUUUACAGUGUGGAAGCAGUGAAAAACCUCGUGCAGAUGUAGCCUUCCAUUUCAAUCCACGUUUUCGGAGGACUGGGUGUGUGGUUUGCAACACUCUGGUGCAUGAAAGAUGGGGACGUGAAGAGAUAAAAUAUGAGAUGCCAUUCAAAAAAGGAGAGCCAUUUGAAAUCAUUUUCUUCAUAAUGGUCGACAGGUUCAAGGUUGCAGUUAAUGGAAAACAUUUCCUGGACUAUCAACAUAGAAUAAGUAUGGAGAGAGUUGACACACUUGGAAUCUCUGGUGUGGUCCAAAUUCAAACGAUUUGUUUCUUGAACAGCUCUGAGCAGGAUAAUCCAUAUUACAACCUUCCGGUAAAGAAGACUGAUACAAGUGGGACUGAUGCCAAGCAUACAAAGAUUCAGCUGGCAGUCCCUUACAUGGGUAAGAUUGAGGAUGGAUUAUGUCCAGGUCGGACAAUCACUCUUCAAGGCAAAGUCGAUAAGAACCCAGACAGGUUUGCUAUUAAUCUCUGUGUGAGUAAUUCCACUGACAUUCCAUUACACCUGGCACUUCGGUUCAAAGAAAAGGCUUUUGUUCGAAACUCUUUUCUCUAUCAAAGCUGGGGUGAAGAGGAGAGGAAGACAGACUAUUUUCCAUUUAACCCAGAGGCAUACUUUGAGGUUAUCAUUUAUUGUAGUUCUGACUGUUUCAAGAUUGCUGUGAAUGGAGAGCAUUUGUUGGAGUAUAAACACCGGUUUACUGACUUGAGCAAAAUUGACAUGGUAAAGGCAGAUGGAAAUAUCCAGCUGUUCAAAGUACAGGCUUGGUAGGUGGAGAGAAGCUGCUGACCAAAAUUAACACUAAUGCCAGGAUAAUAACAGGAUGCGUAACCUAUUGAAUUCUGUUUCUAAUUAUAGAGAAUACGUUAUCAAAUCAAGAAGAAAAUUUGUUUCUUGGGGAUUGUUGCAUUUGUUUGAAGAUCUGGAUUUUGUUUUGGAAUUGCUUUGAGUUCACAAGUCUGUGCUGAAGUAAUUUAGAGGGUAGCAUCAAUCCUAUAGAACCACAUACAACUCCUCCCAUAUCAUGACUGAAAAUCAUUUUGAAAGCCAAACAUUUUAAGUGCAUGGAUAAUUUUGCUUUGGAAUUGAAAUCACCAACAAACUUGACCAAGGUCUUUAAAUAUGUAUUUUUAAAGGCUGCAAAACGUUAAUAGUUUGCUAAUGCUCUAACUGCUAUCCUGUAAAAGAGUCAGCCUGUUAAUGAAGCUAAACACACUUUCUCUAAAUUUGCAUAGCUUUUGAUGCUGAGUAAUGUUGGCUUUCAUUUUCGUUGUUAAAAAUCCUGAAUGCUUUGGCAAGCGCUAUAAGUAUUUUAUCUGACUGACAAGGUGCAAACAUGAAUAGUCAAUUAAAACUGUAGUACUCCAUAAAUGUUAUAAAUGUAAGUGUCACAUGUUAAAAGGUACUGGUUUGGUUAUCUCAGGUUGUUUUAACAAACUGCUUCACAAAUUAUUGUAGAAUUCUGUGCACAGUAUUAGGAAAUCUGAUUAAUUUGCAUUUUUGAUCUGGAGGGGUGUUGUGACGGAAAAUCCACCUGUUACUUUAAUUAUGAGUAACUUUGUUAGUUUGGGGUUAGACUGAUGAUCUGUACUCAGCAGCAAGAAUGUUGUUGUCUGGCUGCUGUUACUGUUGCACAUGGAUUUCUAUGAUGUCUUUGUUUCUUUGAACCAUACAUUUGGUAACUAAGUGGAAAAACUUCUCAUUGCAAACAAAAUUGACAUUCUAAUCCAGUGCCAGAUGUAUUGCAUUGUCUCUGUUGCUUCUGUAUUUUGUGUUCACACAUGAAAAACAAAUACAUGUUAAUUUUCCUGGAAGUUUAUUUUUUUGGGGCCAGUGUGUUAACUGCAGACAUCUGGAAAAGCCCACUUAUGCAUCUUCUAUUUAAAUACUGUAAAUUAACAUAUCUGCUUUUGUACUUAUGUACAUAACCAAUCUAUAUGAAGACAAAACUCUUCAAGUAUGUACUGCACUAAAAAUAAAGUUAAUAUUUUAAACAUUC